UCCCACAAAAACACACACAGUAUGUAAUUACACAUCUCCAUUAUCAGAGCAUAUACACACGAUGUAUAUAUAUUUAUAUUUAUAUAUUUUUAUACACACUCACAAAUAAUAAAAAAAACGGAAAAUGAAAGAAAGAAAAAGAGGAGUUAUAAAAAGAAGGCUGACUGAAACUGAAACUGAAACUCUCUUGCAUGUGAAUUGUGAACUACCUCCUCCCUUUUCUUUACUCAAUAUUCACAAUUCAGUAAUAUAAAUAUAAAAAUAAAUAUUUAUUUGGGGGGGAAAAAAGAAUGGCUGGGAACGAGUGGAUAAACGGGUAUUUGGAGGCGAUACUGGACAGCGGCGCGUCGGCGAUUGAUGAGAACAAGGCGGCGGUGGCGGUGAGGGUGAAGGACAGGGGGCAUUUCAAUCCGACGAAAUACUUUGUGGAGGAAGUGGUGACAGGUGUCGAUGAGAGUGAUCUUCAUCGGACUUGGAUUAAGGUUGUCGCUACCAGGAAUACAAGGGAGAGGAGCUCUCGCCUCGAGAAUAUGUGCUGGCGCAUUUGGCAUCUCGCCCGCAAGAAGAAACAGUUGGAAUGGGAGGAUUUGCAAAGGCUAACGGAUCGGAGAUGGGAGAGAGAACAAGGUCGCAAAGAUGUGACGGAAGACAUGUCGGAAGAUUUGUCCGAAGGAGAAAAAGGAGAUGUAUUAGGCGAGGCAGUUACGCUCGACAGCCCCAGGAAAAAGUUCCAACGCAACUUUUCUAAUUUGGAAGUUUGGUCCGAUAGUAACGUCGAGAAGAAGCUUUAUAUUGUUCUUAUUAGUUUACACGGUUUGGUUCGUGGUGAAAACAUGGAGCUUGGUCGGGAUUCCGAUACUGGUGGUCAGAUAAAAUACAUAGUAGAGCUCGCACGAGCGCUAGCGAAAAUGCCGGGCGUAUACCGAGUGGACCUAUUCACCCGCCAGGUGUCAUCCCCGGAAGUCGACUGGAGCUACGGCGAGCCAACCGAGAUGCUCUCCGCAACCUCCGAAGAAGAUUCCGCGGACCUAGGCGAAAGCAGUGGGGCCUACAUCGUAAGAAUCCCGUUCGGCCCCACGGACAAGUACCUCCGAAAGGAGCUCCUCUGGCCCCACAUACCCGAAUUCGUUGACGGCGCCCUGGCCCACAUUCUCAACAUGUCGAAAGCACUGGGCGAGCAAAUCGGGGCGGGUCAACCCGUUUGGCCGUAUGUGAUCCACGGGCAUUAUGCCGACGCGGGCGAUAGUGCGGCCCUUUUGUCGGGUGCAUUGAAUGUGCCGAUGGUUUUGACGGGGCACUCAUUGGGGAGGAAUAAGCUUGAGCAGCUUCUUAAGCAAGGGAGGCAGUCGAAGGAGGAUAUUAACUCGACGUAUAGGAUUAUGAGGAGGAUCGAGGCGGAGGAGCUUUCUUUAGAUGCGGCGGAGUUGGUUAUCACGAGUACCAAACAGGAGAUUGAUGAACAAUGGGGGUUGUACGACGGGUUUGAUGUUAAGCUCGAGAAGGUUUUGAGGGCGCGUGGGAGGCGCGGUGUUAAUUGUCACGGCCGAUUUAUGCCUCGCAUGGCUGUUAUUCCACCUGGGAUGGACUUCAGCAAUGUUGAAGUUCAAGAAGAUCUUGCCGACACCGAUGGUGACCUGGCGGCAGUAACCAAUUCCGAGGGGUCGUCGCCCAAAGCGGUCCCUACUAUAUGGUCGGAAGUGAUGCGUUUUUUGACGAAUCCACACAAACCGAUGAUUCUCGCACUAUCGCGGCCCGAUCCCAAGAAGAAUUUAACAACACUCAUAAAAGCCUUUGGAGAAUGCCGCCCCUUACGAGAGCUUGCAAAUCUCACUCUUAUAAUGGGGAAUAGAGACGAUAUAGAUGAAAUGUCGGGCGGAAAUGCUAGUGUACUCAUUACUGUACUGAAGCUUAUCGACAAGUACGACUUAUACGGGCAAGUAGCUUUCCCUAAGCAUCACAAGCAAAGCGAUGUUCCUGAUAUUUACCGCCUUGCUGGCAAAACAAAGGGAGUAUUCAUAAAUCCAGCUGUUAUUGAGCCAUUUGGACUUACAUUAAUCGAGGCCGCUGCUCAUGGACUCCCGAUGGUGGCAACUAAGAAUGGUGGGCCGGUGGAUAUUCAUCGGGCACUUAACAACGGUCUUCUCGUGGACCCGCACGACCAGCAAGCAAUAGCCGACGCGCUUCUCAAGUUGGUAUCGGAGAAGAACCUAUGGCAAGAGUGUCGGAGAAACGGCUUAAAGAACAUCCACCUCUUCUCUUGGCCGGAGCACUGCCGCACCUACCUAACCAGGGUUGCCGCCUGCCGCAUGCGGCACCCCCAGUGGCAGACCGACACUCCGGCCGAUGAGCUGGCGGCCGAAGAUUCCCUCAACGAUUCCCUCAAGGACGUCCUCGACAUGUCCUUGAGGCUAUCCAUCGAUGGCGACAAGACAUCCUUAAACGAACACAGAACAUCCUUAAACGAAUCGAACGACGACGUGGUGAAGCACAUCAUGAGUAGGAUGAACAGGAGGCAAGAUGACGUGGCGGCGGGCCCACGCGACUUGCCGGCUGACGUGGCGGCAUCCGGAAAGUACCCGGUGUUGAGGAGGCGCCGUAAGCUAUUUGUGGUGGCGCUCGAUUGCUACGACGGAAGAGGAUUGCCCGAGAAGAAGAUGGUUCAAACGAUACAAGAGAUUUUGAAAGCGGUGAAACUGGACGCGCAAAUUGCGAGGUUUUCCGGAUUCGCCCUUUCGACCGCGAUGCCGAUGUAUGAGUUGGUGGAGUUUUUGAAACGGGGGAAUUUGAAAGUGGGAGAUUUCGAUGCGUUGAUUUGUAGUAGCGGUAGCGAGGUUUAUUAUCCAGGGGCUUACGUAGAGGGGGGUGGAAAGCUUUGUCCCGAUCCCGAUUAUGCAACGCAUAUUGAUUAUCGGUGGGGGUCGGAUGGUUUGAAGAAGACUAUUUGGAAGCUUAUGAAUACACCGGAAGGUGGCGGUGCCAAAUCGGGGAGUUUUUCAUGUGCGGUUGAAGAAGAUGCCAGAUCGAGCAAUUCGCAUUGUCUUUCAUACUCGAUUAAGGAUCUUACCAAGGCGAAAAAAGUGGAUGAUAUGAGACAAAAACUUAGGAUGAGGGGUCUUCGAUGCCAUUUGAUGUAUUGCAGAAAUUCCACUAGAAUGCAAGUCGUUCCUCUGCUUGCAUCUCGUUCGCAGGCUCUCAGGUAUCUUUUCGUCCGUUGGAGAUUAAAUGUGGCUAAUAUGUACGUAAUUCUCGGAGAAACCGGAGACACGGAUUAUGAGGAAAUGAUUUCCGGGGCCCACAAGACAAUCAUUCUCAAAGACAUUGUGAGUAAGGGUUCGGAGGAGUUGCUCAGAACCGCCGGAAGUUACCUAAGAGACGAUAUUGUCCCCGGUGACAGCCCAUUGGUUGCCCACGCGAAAGGAGGGGCAAAAGCGGAAGAGAUAAUUAACAUAAUAAGGCAACUCUCUAAAGCAGGAUGAAUGUGAGAGAUAUUAAGCCUGGCCAUAUAUAUAUGUUUCUAUAUCCACUCGAACAUGCAAGUUAAUUAGCAUGAUGAAUGAAAUAAUCCUGUCGAAAUGAUUUUCCGCCACAUAUAUGUAGUUAUAUAUGAAGGACUUGUGUUCUUGAAUUCGACUAUAUUGUUGUAAACUGUCACUGCGAAAAGUUCGGAGUUGUACGAUGGAGAGAAUUUGCUCCAUGAACUUUUUGAUUGAGUUC